CCUUGAAGUGAGCUUGAAGAACGCAUGCAGUAAUGAUGGGUGCCGGGGCUCUGCUAGUGCUGGCGGUUGUCUGCCUCUGCAGCAGCGCGGUGACUGCUGAGGAUGAGGCUUCUGACGCGACGCCUGCGUUUUGUCGCAAUCUCGAAUGUCCCAAGUAUCAGGUGGUGAAAAAGUACGAGGAUUUUGAGCUACGUGCUUAUGAACCAACCCAGUGGGUAUCGACAACAAUGAAAGUAGAUCUGCUUGGCUUCGGAAUGGUUAAAAGUUUCAGACGUCUUUUUAAGUAUAUCUCUGGCGGCAAUAUUGAGAGUCAGAAGAUUAACAUGACUGUCCCCGUAGCGAUCUAUGUUCCAGUAAACGUACCUUCUGCAAAUGCAACGAUGUCUUUCUUUGUGUCUCCGGAGCUGAGUCCUCCCCGUCCCUUGGAUCCAGAGGUUUACUUGGAAAGUUUUCCUGCCAAAUCUGUAUACGUCAAGUCUUUUGGUGGCUAUGCAUUUGACUAUGAAUAUGCACGCCAAUCUAAGAAGCUGGCAGAGGAGCUGACUUCCCUGGGCAUUCCGUUUGAUAACUCAUUCUAUGUACGUGCUGGCUACAAUGACCCCUUUACACUGUUUAAUAGGCACAAUGAGGUUUGGUACACUGCCAAUUAAAUAAACAUGGGUAGCUCUGUUGUGUAUUAAAACAACAUGUGAUUUCUAGGGUUAGAAGAUAUCAGCCUCAGUGCCUUGUUUUAUUCAAGCAUCUUUAAAAUAUAUGAAUGUGUGAACUAUAUCGAAUAACAUUUGUUUUAUAUUUUCAAUAAACUUCCAUGUAACAACACUGC